AUGCCGCCACUCACUGGAGCUGACAGUAAUACUGAAGAUGUCUCGACCGUCGCACAAUCCAGAUCAGACAGAUUAGAGGUACCUGAAUUGAUCGAAGCCUUCACGCAACUCGAGACUGGCGAUGAAUCACGACCCAACCCAAAAUCUGUUGCGCCUUCUUUAACAGUCCCGAUACCUGUGGCAGACCACGGAACGUACGAAUUAUUUGAGCAUGUGCCUCGUCAGACCAUCGCCGAACUUAUGCGCGAUAUACCAGGGACCUCCUUCAAUGAGUUUGUACGGGUACUGAUUGACUGCGGUUUAUUGAACUGGGAGGACGACGACCUACCCAUAGACCCAAAAACAAGAGUCGCGAUCAUGGCCUUGACAUUUCAGCAGCUUGCAUCGCCCGCUAACCUCAAACUGCCCCCAGAUGUCGUUGAAAGGUGCUCCACAAUGGAUCUUGGACGUCGCCACGAAACUACGUGGUCUCAAAGACAUGUGAGCCGGAUGGAUAGUUCCCUGGCGCCCGGAUAA